CCGCAGGCUGCUGAGGCACAGGGUCAAAGGUCAGCGGCUGAGCGUGUUCGGAGAGGUGGGCUCAGUCUGCCCUCUGCUGGCCGUGGCAGGAACGACCUUCUUUUGCUUCACGCUGACGGAUGAGUCGCGCUCGCUGCCCGUGCUCGUACAGGACAGCAGCCGGCUCAGCUGGAUCCAGCGUGUGUGUGUCGGGCAGAGCGUGUGUGUGACAGCUCUACGUGUGUGUGCGCUACGAGGCUGGAGAGGAAACAACAUCCUGUGUGUGACCAAGCGCUCCGAGCUGCACGCCGACUACACGCACACACAGGAACACACACAGGAACACACACACUCUGAGUCCCUGCUGUCACAGCCUGCUGAGGACGACUGUGAGGAGGCGGAGCAUGAGGAGGUGGAGCUGGACCAAUCAGCUGUGAGGAUAAAGCAAUCCAAAGUCAUCAGCUACCAGGGCACGGUGACUGAGGUUGUGAGUGAGGGGGCGGGGCUCUACGUGCUGGAUGGGAAGGUGGGUCUGUGCGUGGCCUAUCAGCCGGCGGCGAAGAGGAAGCUGAGGGCGGGAGACAGAGUGGAGUUGCAUCACGCCCACUUCCUGUACCGGCCCUGCCCGGACUUCCCUCCCAGCAUGCUUUGCACCUGCCUGCGCUCCAGCCUGAGGGUGACGGCCUUCAGCAGGGCGGGAGGCUCGCCACCCGACAACCGCUGCCCGGGAGAUGGGGCGUUACCACGGUUACUGCUGCAGAGAAACACAGAUGUGUCCGAUUACCUGUGGACCUGUCACCUAAGCUCGCAGCUGGCACACAGUCUGGUCCAAGGUGUGUGGAGGCAGCAGUGUGUGUGCUUGCUGUCCUGGAGGCUGAUGGAGACUCUGAGCAGAGCUGGAGGACGAGGACGCAGAGACAUCUACGCUGAGAUGCUGGACGAGCCUCACACCUGUCCUGUGACGCAGUACAGCGUGUCCUCGGCGGUCCGGCAGUACCUCGGUGUGUCGGAGCUCCUGGAGUCCCUGCAGACUGGCUGCUGGUCUUCGGCCCCUCUGAGCUCUCUGCUGCCCCCUGAUGGCUCCAACCUGACCUCCGCCCAGAUCAACGGGUUCCUGUCCUGGUCUUGCAGGACUCUGUCCUCCGAGCCUCGGGGUGGAGACGCUGUGAGGCAGCGCCCCCUGCUGCUGGUCGGCGUGCUGGAGCUGCCGUCACAGACGUCUGAGUUCAAACACUCGAUGCAGCUCAGAGACGCCGCGGGAGCUGCAGCCUGCGUGCUGACGGAGAGCAGCGAGGAGGAGGAGGGAGCGCAGAGGGCGGUCUUUAACAGCGCCUGGAUCGGUUGUCUGGUGGGUGUGGUGCAGUUCACCAUGGUGACAGAGAGAUUCCUCCAAUCAGAUUUCCCCUCCUACCAACACCUGGACCAGGACAGGUUCAUCACACACAAACACUGCAGGGUUUACCUGCAGUUCUCUCUGGACCACCUGCACAUCCUGAGUCCAUCUGUUGCCAUGGAGACACACCUGAGACACAAGGGGGAGGAGCCAGGAGGGGAUGUCACUGCCAGGAAGCAGACAGUAGAAGAAGAAGAAGAGACUGCUGGGAGUAAGAGGAGGAGAAGAGAAGAAGAAGAAGAAGCCAACUCCGGCAACCCCUGGCCCUGUGUCUCCAUGGUGAUCAGGGUGGAGCAGAAGGAGGGUGUGUCCUGGAGGAAUACAGGGGCGGAGGCAGAGGAUCAGGAGGCAGGGCUGAGACUGUGCUUCUCAGUGAAAGCUGCUGUGAUUGGUCCAGUGGUCAGCUGGAGGCGGGACCCAAAGAAUGAGCCAAUGAAAGAGAAAGAAAGUGAACAAAAGCAGGAGAGACAGGUGGUGCUGGUGUUCUCAGGUGUGUGUACGCGGUGGUUUCCUGUCCUCCAGCCUGGAUGUUUCUACAGACUCAUCGCCGCUAACACUCAGGCCGUCCCACCCACAGUCUUGUCCGUCUCAGAGGUCUUAGACUGCAGUUCAGAGCUGGUGUGUUUUCAGGGUGUGGUGUCUGAAAGGAUCAGUGUGAACAACAGGACUGCCCACUCUGGACACACACACUCAGGUGUGCGUCUCACUCUUUGUGACCAAGCUGGGAGGAGUCUGCAGGUGUACCUGGACUUAAGCCACACCCCCUACCCACCUGGCCUGUUGCCGGGUAACACUCUGCUGUUGUCUGGUUUCCAGAGGAGGCUGUCCAGGACAGGAAGUGUGUACUGCACGUACUUACCUGUCAGCUCCAUAACUGUGGUCUCCCUGGGAGACACCAGCUCGGCCCAGCCUCCUCCUCCUGCUCCCAUCAUGCACCUGGGUGAGUGGGCUCUGAGCAGCAAGCAGAGGUGCGCUGUGGGACAGGUCAAAGGUCACGUGGUGUGUUUCCUGUUCCUGCAACUGCAGUGGAGCUGCUCGCUGUGUGGCAGCGUGUACACACAGGGCUGCAGCAGCUCUCAGUGUCACUCGACCUCGUCAGUGUUUCAGUCCAAAGCAAAGCUGGUGAUCGAUGACGGGACAGGUGAGGCUCACGUCUGCUUCUCAGCUGCUCUGGUUCGUGCUCUGCUGGGAUUGGCUGAUGCUCAGUGGGAGGGGCUUCAGAGAGCACUCAGGGUCAGAGGUCACAUCAGAGUCUUCCCUCGUGGGCAGAGCCAGGUGUGUGACGAGGACGCUGACGACUUCCUCCUCCACUUCCUGUUGUGUCUGUGCAGCAGUGAUGUCAUGAUUCGGCCACUCAGCCUCACCUGCAGGAAACACACCAACCAGAGACCAGAAGAGGUGAGGAGGUUCACUCGAGGAGACAGAGAGUUCCUGACCAGACUGGCUCCUCCCCUUCAGCUCACCUGUCUGCACCUCCACCCUGACCUUCUACAGGAAGUGAUCCCUGUGAGUGGCGCCCACAUCGGAGACGUUCUCAGAUGGUGA